UGUGCGCACUCCAGUGGUCGACCUUUAGAAGUGCUUCCUGUUGGGCGGCUGCGCGUCUGCUCCACCUGCAGCGGACUGUUGUGUGUGACUGUGGUCAGCGGUGUGAACAUGUUCCUUACAAGGCUGUGUGCUCCUCUCCGCUCCGGCCUGUCGCCGCGGACUGUAUCCUCGGUGGUCGCGUGGACCGUGUCACCCCUCGGUGCACACGCCUCGCUGCUCCACACCGCCACAGCUCAGCUGGACUCGAACCGCACCUCGGUGGUGCGCUGCGGGCGGCAGCGGUACGAGAGGCUGUACCCCGUGAUGCUGGUCCGGCCUGACGGCUCCACCGUCACCGUCAGAUACAAAGAGCCCAGGCGCAUCCUCAUGAUGCCAGUCAAUCUGUCAACUCUGUCCGAAGAGGAGCGCCGAGCACGAAUGAAAAAGAGAGAAGUCAGGAAGCUGAAAAAGGAGACGGCAGUGCACUAUGAAGAUGAAUUCCAAACUGACAAAUACAGCCAAUUCUGGAAAAAGAAAUGAGAAUACAUGCCUGAAAAUCUGACUCAAACUUGAAGCUUCCAUUUGUCCAUGUGUAUGUUUGAAUUGGAUAAUUUUAGUUAUUCCUGCAAAAAGUUCCAUCGGAGCACUGAAUCCAAGACUGUGACUCUGGGAUUUCAUCUUUCUACGAAGUUUAAAACAGCCUCUAAUGCUGGAAACAGUAGCAAUGUUAAGUUAAUAAAUUCUUUUAAAGCUCAA